GUCAGAUAUAAGCCCAAAACAUAUGCAGAGUAGGAUCCGAAUUCAAUCCAGUAAUCCGAUUAUAAACAUCCAUGAUGCGUGAACAUAUGCAGAAACCGGGUUCAGUCCAGUGACCCGGUUUUCAAACAAGUUUUGAUCUAUUGAUCUACCCAACGCUUUAGUCAAUUAGUACAACAACAUCAAUUUUUCAAAGAAAAAAAAAAGAAGAAAAAGAAAAAAAGAAGUCUUUCAUUCAACUCUCGUUCACCACUGUACUCUUCUACUCACAGCUCUAAAUCUAGCACCUCUUCCAUCAAAACCCUAAUUCAAACAAAAUAUCCCCCCCAAACUCCAAAGUCAGGAUAAGGAACCGAGAGAUUGCCCCGAUUUUGAUCCGACACAGUUGGUUUUCUGAUAUUUUAAUGAAAAAUCAUAAAAUCCCCUUGGCAAUUCUGAAUCUUGUGCUCAUUUUAGCAUUGUUUGUAGUUUGUCCUAAUUUGGAAUUCGGCCUCUUUUGAUAAAUUCAAUCUCAAUCCUCUCUUAGAUUAGAUUUAAAUCUGAAUGGGAGCUGAGAAGAAAUGGCUAUACACCCUGUUUUCUGGGGCAUUCAUUACAUUUCUAAUAUUCUUGUCGUUUAUUUCGGGCUUUAGUUCUUCGUAUUACUAUGCUUUCCCUCCGAACAAGCCGUUUUCGUCGACGGUUGAUCACGGGCCGGGCCGCCCGCCGUCGUUCGCGUACUACAUUUCGGGCAAGAGCGGCGAUGGGGAGCGGUUGUACCGCCUGCUUCUGGCGGUGUACCACCCGAGGAAUAGGUAUCUGCUGCAUAUUUCGGCUGAUGGGAGCGAUGAAGAGAGGGUUAGGCUCGGGGCAAUGGUGAAGUCCAUGCCCGCGGUUCGGGCCUUUGGGAAUGUGGAUGUUAUCGGAAAGCCCGAUCCCAACACUUACAUGGGCUCCACCAAUCUCGCGGCUAUUUUGAGAGCGGUCGCGGUUUUGCUGAAGGUGGAUGAAGGGUGGGAUUGGUUUAUCACUCUCAGCGCCACGGAUUAUCCCUUGAUUACGCAAGAUGACUUGUCUCAUGUGUUCUCGUCAAUUAGGAGGGAUCUGAAUUUCAUAGAUCACACUAGUGACCUGGGAUGGAAAGAGGGUCAAAGAAUUCAACCGAUUGUGGUGGAUCCAGGUAUUUACUUAGCCAGGAGAACACAAAUCUUUCACGCUACUGAAAAACGGCCAAUACCUGAUGCUUUCACGGUUUUCACAGGUUCCCCAUGGGUCGUCUUAAGUCGUUCCUUCCUUGAAUUUUGUGUCUUUGGCUGGGAUAAUCUUCCUCGAACUCUUCUAAUGUACUUCACGAACGUCGUCCUGUCCCAAGAAGUCUAUUUCCAUACCGUUAUUUGCAAUUCACCAGAGUUCAGAAACACAACCGUGAAUGCUGACUUGAGAUAUUUCGUCUGGGACGACCCACCCAAGAUGGAGCCUCAUGUCCUCAGCACCUCGGAUUAUGAAGAGAUGGUGAAAAGCGGAGCUGCUUUUGCGAGGCAGUUUGAGAAAGGCGCAGCAGUGCUGGACAUGAUAGACAGAAACAUCCUGAAACGGGACCCAAACCGCGCCACACCCGGUGCAUGGUGUAGGGGGCGGAAGAACUGGUGGAUGGACCCAUGCUCACAGUGGGGGGAUGUGAACGUAGUGAAGCCAGGCCCUCGAGCGAACAAGUUUGGCAAGUCCAUAGACAAACUUCUCGAUGGUUGGAAUGAGAGGCCGGAUACAUGCGCGAAAUAAGAGUUUGCGGGGAAGAAGGUUUGAACAUGUUUGAGGUUAGGAAAUGCAUUCUUUGGUGGUUUAUAUGAGGGCAGGAGUUUGAAAGUUGGAAGGAGGCGGCGGCGGCAGCGGCAGCGCCAGCCAUUGGUGUGGCAGAAGAGAAUUCAUUGUACAGACUCAGUUGAUUAGUCUUCCAACUAUACCACGAAAUUCCCUCUACACGGACGGCCUUUUCUUGCAAUGCAACAUCGUUUUAUUACUUGAAUUGCUUCUUGUUUCCUUGUCGACAUUUCAUCUGUAUCCUUAGAAAUUUGUUGUAAAAACUUCAUCACCUUAAUAUAAAUGGAUAACUUAUUUCUUCAUGUUUA